AUGACACCGAGUACAAACAAUAACGUUAAAAAGCAACAAGCAAUGCAACCAGACGAUUGGGCCAAUGCAAUGCAAGGCGGGGCAGCAUUCGCAUCCGCACUCCUCAAUGGACGCGGGAACGAGCGCUCGGCAUCAUCUCCCAAUCUCGCAUUCGAUUCGUGCCGUCGUGCAUCAUAA